CUCCAACUCGCAAACCCUUCCCUUCGUUUAUCUACCUCCCAAAUGGCCGAGAGCUGCAUUGUCUGCCUCGGUGACCUCGCUGGCAGUGGCGACGACGUUUUACCCACUUCGGAUCCCUCGCCGUCGAAGCACUCGCUUGAAGAUGGCGAGGAACACACCGCCCCCAGCCUCCACGACAUCGUGUCCCCAAGUCGCGAUGCUGAUCCCGAUGACGACGAGAUUAUUGCGCACCUUCUGCCAUGCGGCCAUAAUCUUCACAAUGAAUGUCUGAAACCCUGGGUUGAGAGGGCGAAUAGUUGUCCGAUAUGCCGACAAAGCUUCAAUACCGUAGAGCUAAGCGCCUGCAUAGGAGGCCCCAUGUUAUCGUCCUACCCUGUCCAGGAUAAGCAACAAGUUGCCGACAUCGAUCCGACCAUGUUCAUCGACGAUGUAGUUAUACUGGAUGACGGUGGCUUAGACCCAUGCACAAUAUGCGAAACCCUUGAAGAGCCGGAAACCUUGAUGCAAUGCCACGGCUGUGACUCGCUCUGUCAUGUGUUUUGCGCGGGGCUGGAUUCCAUGCCGGCUAGUGGUCCGUGGUACUGUCAGGAUUGUGUGCAGAAUCCCGAGAUACUCGCCCAAGCCUAUCGCCGACCGCAGCCCCAGAACCUUCGGGACCGUAUUAGUGGUAUACGCCGCGGACAUCGUCUGACUGCCUACGAACGUGUGUGGGCCUCAGUCUUGCAGCGCAUCAACCUGGAUCUGGACUACCCUUUCGACGAGGAAAACCCCCAGCGACCGCAGCGAACCGAAGCACAACAGCGAGAAGCGCGAGAAUAUGAAAGACGACUGGCAGUCGCCAGCCGGAAUGGAGCUGGGAACAGGUUCCGCCAGAUUGGUACUGCCCUCCUGCCUCAUCGCCCCGAUCCCCCGCAGCCUCGGGACCCGGAGUCGGAAGAGGACAUUCAAGCUUGGAACGCGUUCGAAAAGGCUAGAGCAGAACUCAACGGGCAGAGUCGUGGCUCCUCGUCCAGUGGCCGUGGCCGCAAUCGCAGGAAGCGGAAAUCGGUCACAUUGUCUCCGUCCGGGGAGGACACAGAGCCGCGCCAGCCCGAACGUAAGUUGAAGAGGCCCCGCACUCGAGUUGCACAAGAAAUCGGCGGUGAAUCUUCAAAGGACGCGGUCGCGGAAGCGUCAACGGCAGCUCGUGUAUCUGAGCCACGCAACUCAUCGCCACCAAAUGGUGUGAAGGAAGGGGCCUAUGCUGCCGCUGGUCUAUCAGGCUUCUUGCAAUCCCUUCUCAAAGAGGUUGAGGUUACACCAAGGAGAGAAGAUGAGAUUGCGGCACCACAACCAAGACGUGUCAUCAUCGAGCGCGCUUGCUCUCCGCCUGGCUCAUCACCAGGACUUUCACCAGUAUAUCCUACCCCACGUGGCGGCAUGACGCCGCCACCGCUGAACCUCACCCGGCCCACAUCGCCGUUGCAGGCAUCUCCAAACCUCUCGCCCGGCUACUCUCCAACUUCUCGAUUCCCGCCUUUCUCACCUGCCGAUGAUGAAUAUAGAACUGGACGUCGGAAACAUCAUCAAUCUCCCGGAGCUCUCUCUAGUCCGCCACGUUCGAAAGAUUCGUCACCAAACCGGUCGCUCUCGUAUUCGACAAAAGCAGAAGUACAACGAAUGGUUUCUCUCGUGCUCAAACCUUUUUAUCAAAAGCAAGAGAUCACAAAGGACCAAUACACGGACAUAAACCGCGAUGUUAGUCGCUCGCUAUACGAUAAGGUCGGCGACGCCAAUGCCCUAGCCGACCAGAGCACUAGAGAAAAGUGGCAACGGAUUGCUGGAGAAGAGGUCGAAAGCGCGGUCAAAGCCUUACGAACAGAUGGGCAUGAUUCUGGAACCGGGUCCAACUCUUCAUGAGCAUACAUUCAUAGUCGCGAUUCUCUGGCUAUCUACAGGCGCAACGGUCUCGGGUCCAUCUUUAUCGGAUAUAGCGUUUUGCGUUCGAGCAUUAGUGUUCGUUUGUAUCAUGAGGACUGUCGGCGUACUUUGCGAAGUCGAUCUUAGAUACCACGGCUACCGCGCUUCGGAUUACCCUUGGAAUUGGGUUGGCGUUCUUUGAGGGAAUGGCUUUACGAGAUCUAGUGGUCGUCUACGGAUGACUGGGUAUACGGAUAUAUAGAUACUUACUCUUUCAAUAUUUAUGUUCAGCGCUUUCGACAUACUGGUAC